GUGACUCCUGUGGGCAGUGUACCACAGGGCAAUUGCACAGCCAUCUUGCGCCAGGAAGCAGAAGAGAAUCUGGUGACUUUAGAUCCUAAACUGAAAAUGAUAGUUUUUGUAAACUCCUUUUUACAGGGGGUUACUCGAUUCUUCAGGACCUGAAUACCAGCAGCCUUUGAAUGCGAAAGAAGUAUUUCAAUUAAUUGUGCAGCCUGCAAAAGUAUCAUGCUAUUCAUAGCAAAAAGGAAUAUAUGUGUUCUAUUUGUGGAUCAGUUUUCAACUGAUUAUAAGUCUUGGAGAAAGACAAGGCCACCCCAAUAUGGAGAAACCAUGGAAAUGUGAAUAUUGUGGGAAGAGAUUCAGUUACCCAUCCCAGAUAGAAAAUCAUCGACGCAGUCACACUGGGGAGAGACCAUUCAGCUGCUUGGCUUGUGGGGAAGAAUUUACACAGAGAUCUAGCCUUUUGACACACCAGCGAAUUCACACUGGGGAGAGACCAUUCACCUGUUCUGAUUGUGGGAAAGGUUUUACUCAAUCAGCCAGCCUUCGGAGACACCAGCGAGUUCAUACUGGUAAAACGCCGUACACAUGUUCUGUAUGUGGAAAGGGUUUCACCCAGUCAGCGAACUUUCAGAGACACCAACGAAUUCACACUGGAGAGAAGCCAUUCACCUGCUCUGCAUGUGGGAAAGGUUUCAUUCAGUCAUCUGAGCUUCUGACACACCAGCAAGUUCACACAGAGGAGAGACCUUUUCAUUGCUCCGACUGUCAGAAGUGCUUUAAAAGUAUAAAGCAACUUCUGGCCCAUCAGCGCACUCACACUGGGGAGAGGCCAUUCAUGUGCUUAGUCUGUGGGAAGGGAUUCACUCGUUCAUCCACCUUGCUGACACACCAACAGGUUCACACUGGGGAGAAGACAUUCAUCUGCUCCGAGUGUGGGAAGGGAUGCAUUACUUCAUCCCACUUACUGAUACACCAGCGAGUUCACAGUGGGGAGAGGCCAUUCAUCUGUUUAGCAUGUGGGAAGGGAUUCAUUCAGUCAUCACACCUGCAGAAACACCAGAAAAUUCACAAGUAACUGCAGGACAUGAACUCUUCUGUUAUUGCUGCUACUAAUCACAUCCAGGACUGUUCUAACAAGAGUUUUCCAAUAACCUCUAUAACUUAAAUAUUAAUUUAAAUAUAAUGGUGGUUAAUGCAUAAUAAAAUUUGGAAUGAUUGGUUGUUUGUGCAUGGUCUUUUUUGUUAUGUUAAAAGCAAAUCAGCUGGUUGACAUUUCCCUGCUCUUCAGUUGGCUCUUCCUCCUCACAUCAUGGACUCUGUUCCUGUUCAGUGCUGGAAGGGAGAAAAUCUGUUUGUUUUCUGAAGCAAUUGUGCUUUGAUAAUUGUAUGGAUCUACUUUUUACCAUUGGAGUAAUUUUUUUUUCCUUAACACAAAUUUCCUACUACAGGCUGUUUGGAGGUAUUUAUCAUGGAAAGAACCAGUAUUUGUGAAAUUUGAUGCCAUUGUUAGGUUUGGUCAAAGAUUUGGUGUAUGCUCAGUAGUGAGGAUUUUCAGCGGAAAUGUAACUGAUAGGAUCCGACAAACAAAGAUUGUACUAGCUGCCUCAUAUGUGGCAUCGUUGUAUGACAGAAGACAACUCUGAGCUGUCUGUCACGGACAAGACUUGCCACUGCAUGGAAGUAACAGAAACAGAUGUGCUUAGGCUGCAAUCCAAAGGGAUCGGAUCCAACGAGGACUGUGGGGUCUGUGAAAGAAGGAUCAUAGAUUUGGUCUGUGGGAGAACAGAAGUAACGAUAUCGGGGAAAUAUCUUUUGGAGCUGGCAGGAUAAUUACAGAGAUGCUGACACCAUUGGAAUCUAGCUUAAUUCAGGUACAAAGUGCAUUACUGUUGACAAGUAGUAUCAAGUGGACAUGGAGCUUGAAAUGUGCAGGUCAUGUUUGGUUCAGCCGCACAGUUUUAUAAGCAUUACUUUGAAUUAAUGAAGCAUAACAUCUGUCGUUUCAAUUUUCUGGCCAUCAAUGUUGAGAGAAUGCCUCUAAAUCUUCUCUACCUGGCUACUGAAAAUUAAAAUGUACUAGAAGAUUUGUUUGUCACCAUGUUUGCAUGUUCCAAUUAAGCCCAGUACGGAAAAGAAAUCCCCAGAGAGAUAUUCUGCUCGUUCAUAUACAUGGAGGAAACUACAAAAAUUGAAAUAAUGACAUGUUGUGACUGGACAGUCUCUGACAGAAUAGAAUUUCAUACAGAAGCAGAUGGAACAGAAGUGAUACUAUCUUAAAUGAAUGAAAGAACUCAUGCCAGCAGUUCAAGCAUUCAUAUCGCAAAGUCAGAAACUAACUAUUGAUUCUGCAAUUGACUGUACUGAUGACAUUUAGGUAGUAUAAUGGCUGCUGCUUUCUUGGCCUCCAGGAGCAUGCUUAGAUUGUUAUAAUUAUGAAAAGUUCACAUAAAUCACGAUCCAAUCAACAGUGAACAAGGGAAAAGUAAACUUGAAGAUGCUACCUUCAAACAUGAGGGGAAGUGCUGUGGAACUACGUCAGAUGAAAAAAAAAUGCGCAUAUGAACUUGCUUCCAAAGAAGUGCCCAAUAAAGGCUCCACAAAACUUGAGUCAGUGUGUAUCAGUCAAAGAGAAUUUGGCUGUCUUCCAAUCCUGGGUGCAGCAGAUUUAGGUGCUAGGACAGAAGAAUGUGCAGUGUAGAAGAGGAGAAACAUCACCAAUGGCGUCUUUACAGGAUUCUCCAAAUGCGAUGACAAAAACAAAAAGGUCCAACAGCAGAACAUCUACAUCUGCCUGACACCAGACUCCCAAAACAACUCCUUUACUCAAGAAUUCAGUUGUGGCAGGAGAUUCCCAGGACGAUGGGAAAAUGCUAUAGCGAUGUCAUAAACCAUCUCUGAAGCAGUCAAACAUGCAAAUCCCUGACUUGUAACUGACCAAAAUAGAGUAGGUUCAUUUAAUAAAGCACCAAACAUUGCAAGAUUUCCUGCAGACGUGGACUGUAGAUAUAGGAGAGAACACUCAAACCUCCAAACAACUUAUCUACUUGAUCCUUAAAGUACCACCUACCUCACAUGUGGUAGAGUUUGCAGUUCAUACAGCAGAUUUGUCAGCCAUCUUAGAACUCACUAAACCAGUCGUAGCAAGUCAUGUUCAAAUGGAGGGGCUGCUUAAGAAAAAGGAUAAGAGCCGUCUUUAACUUCCAGGUUUUUUUUGUUGAAUUAAAACAAAAUAAUUAAGAAAAAGUGUUUAAAAUAAAUCAGACUGCACUAUGUAAAAAGAUCAAUGUUUUCCAGGAGGCAUGCCCUCAGAUCCUCCAAAAAAUGUUUGCAUAAGGGAAGGUCAUGGAGUAGUGGUAGUUUCACAGGACUAGUAAUCGAGAACCCUUGGCUAACGUUCUGGGGACGUGGACUUGAAUCUUACAUGACAGAUGGUGAAAUUUGAUUUUGAUUAAAAAGCCAGACUAAUAGCAAAUAUGUAUCUACUGUUUAUUUCUAUAAAAAACCAUCUAGUUCACUUUUUUAAUUGCAAAAAUAUACAUUUUUAUGAAUAAUCCUUAUGUCCAUGGGUACCAAAGCAAUUCUGUUAGUUUUUGCAUAAGGAAAAACAAAUAUUGGAAUUUGACAUUCUCUGCAGUGCAAAACCAAAGGCAUUUCCUACUUGUACAAGACAAGGUUUACAUACAUUUUGAGGUAAAGAGAGGUUCUGAUAACAGAACAAACCCUCAUUGUACUUCGGCAGAAAGAUCUUAGACAUUGGGUGGGAAAUCUGUCAUUCUUGAGGUCUUGCUUACAUGUGACUCAAGAGCUAGGGCUAUUUGGUUGAAUUUUAACACUAGAUAUUUAGAAGUGAGCAAUGAAUGUUGGUCCAGUAAGUGGUGCCUAUAACUCAUUAACAAAUAGUAAAAUGGACAAAGUGCAUAUUGGGAAGUCUACUUGCACCUCUUCUAAACAUGUUGGGAGCUAUCCAUGAAGAUUUAACCUCAUUUGCUCAAAUAUGGUUCCUAAUUUUAUGGUUUAUUAACAUCCCAAUUUAAAAUAAAGCCCAAAAAAGGACCAUUAGCUGUGUUAAUAAAUUUAUGGUACAGAUUUCACUGAAAGUUGUCCACAGAUUUUUUUCAGGCUUUUGAGAAGAGACCUGUUGUUCGGCAUCUGAUGCAGUGACCUACAUGUGUGUAGAAGGGCUGGUAACAGCAAAACUUUAAACAGAUUAAAGAAUCCUAACUUUCUUAAAGUCCAGAAGAUUUGCUAAAUGUUCAGGCAUCAAUCCCAUUUGCAGCAGCAAAGGUUGUUCAGCCAUGACCUGAUAAGAAGGACCCAAACAACCUGCCUCCAGGAUCACUGGGCUAUUCUAUUCUAUUCUAGCUGAGAGGCAGGAAGGCCCAUCACCAGCUCAAGGUUAACAUGACUGGCAGUGUUCACUGUGACAGCAGUGAGAGUGCCGCUGAAUAGGGAGCAAGUAGAUCAUGACUAUUGAAAUAAAUCACUAAAGUUAAUGAUGAAAGAGAUAUGGGACUGAUAGCAUCUGAAGACUAGUAUUUAAUCUGAGUUCUCUCCUGGACAGUAGACACAAUGAGAGAUCAUUGCAAUGACAGGCCUGUGCCCAUAAUGAUCCAAGUCUUGUUUUCACCAUGUAAAGGUCGGGUUAGCUGUAACUAUCAGUCCACUGGCAUAUUGCAUUGUGCUCUUACCUCUUGUAAGCUGCUGAUAGAUGGAAGCUUCAAGGGUCUGGUGACAAGUCUGCAGUUGCAUUCUGUCCAUUGGUGGAUGGGUUCCCGACAGUGUACUCAGUCUGUUUCCAGGGAAAGCAGCCAGAGGUGAGAUCAUGUUUGCAAGUGAGACUGAAGUUUGUUGGUCACCAAGUCUAUGCACACUUCGAAAAGAACAUGAACAUUUUCUAAGUCAGACAUAACUUAAGACUGAAAUCAUGUUCAGAAAGUGAAAAACAAAAUUGAGAAGGCAAAAUGGAAUUCCAAACAAAUUAAAACAGAAAAGUUAUUUUCAAAUCACUACACUAAUUGCACUGCAGGAGUGAGACUCCACAAAAUCAUAUUGAAAUUGUAUUUUCAAGUUGUUUGGAAGUAAUUGUGACUGGUCACAACAUUAAAAGACAUUUUUUGAAGUCUCCAGUGUGUAAUUAAAAAGCAAGUAUCUCAAACUCAAUGCCUUAAUGUAGAUUUUAAUGCAUUGCCCAGUGAGGUGCUACUGUUGUAGAUCCUGGGGAGGACUAGAAUAACUUGGACACAACUUCUUGAUUUCUGUGUGCAACUGCAGUUGUGAAUGGAUUGGAAGUUCCUGUCCAAAUUACUCCAUAACAAGAAUGAGCACAUCAUAAUUCUCUUUGGUAAAAAAAAACAGGCCUCUACGUUUGCUGUAUAUGGGGCAAAGAUAUCCAAAUUGGACAUUUGUUAGGCGUGAAAUUUUCCAGCAAAAUGCGUGUGACAGAUCACACCUACUGAAACCGACAAUGCCAAUGAGAAAUCGUGCAGAUUUAGGUGAAUAAUGAACAUUGAUCAUGCUCAUUAAAGCAGAUAAAUGCCCAAUGUCACACGAGUAAGUAUUUGAGAGUGCAUUUGUGGUAUGUGUUUUACCUUUCCCUUUUACUGACCAUCGUUUUUAGUCAAAAGGUGAUUGAGUAAUGUUUUCUCCUAUUACUGCUCUAAGUGUCUGCCUCCCUCUGGCCGAGACUUUCCCUAAUUGGUUACCCAGCCUAUACUGAUAUAACUAACCGCAGGUAGGGUGCUCAUGUGAAUGCUGUAGUCGGCUUUAGCGCUGGCAUCCGGAGGGAAGAAUCAACAGCAAUUCAAUUUCCGGAUUGCUAUUCUGUAAUCCUUGCGGAAAUGCACGUAUUUCUUUCUGAAUCCUCAGCCAAAUCUCUAUAUUUUGGUAAGAUACACCUAAAAGCCUUGCCCCAUCCGUUCUCUUAAGUCUCUUGCCUAAAAAUGAAGAGGCUUGUAAACAAAUAAUUCAAGCAAUAUUAAUGUCACACAAAUUGAACUAUAAAGUGUUUAAUAAUCCUAUAGAUUUUUACUCUUUUUCGACAAAACACGCGACCAUAUACAAACGUUCCAGAACUGUAUGCUAUGAUUUGCUAGAUAUCUUAGUGAAUAUAAAGAACAUAAAACACAGAAGUUAUAAAUGCAUCAUCGGUCCAGAGCUUUUGCUGCGUCUUACAGCUGGCUCAUGCUAUUGGGAUCAAUAAUUCCCGCAAGUCAGGUUCUUCUUCCACCUCAUUAAUACUUAGCGUUGAAGUUGUAAUUAUAUUUUGCAAGUAAGAUUGGCAUGACAGAACGUUAGGUCAGCAUCGCCUCAGGAAGUCAGAUGUUUACAUUUCCACACAGAACGGAAAAUCAAGGCGGGCUUGUAGAAUUAGUCUUCGGCAAUUUGAUCUUCCCACAUGUCCUGCAAUGGAGCGAUGCCGCUGGAGGAGUAGGUACAGUCAAUUCCCAGUAAAAGGUAGCCUGUUUGUAUUAAAAUCACCUGUGCCAACAAGAUAAUGAAUUUUUGAAUGUGGGUGACUUCAAAACAGUACAUCGUCUACAUUAAUGUAAGGAGCGUGGAGGAGGCUGUAAGUGCCUUUGCCAAAAACAAAGUUCCUGAAAUUGUGAGCUAUCAGUAACCUUGAAGAAAGCUAUCCAAAAGCAAGGAGAGGAUGGAUCCUGUCGUGAUUCCUGAGCAGGCUGUCAAAGUCAUUUGGCAAAAUGCCUCAUCACCAGAACUUUCCAACUAGCACUGGCUGGUGAUGAGAAAGGCAUUACCUUUGAGAUCCAUUUCCUAUGCAUAGUCUGUCUGUGCCACUGCACGCUGCUCUUGAAGUGGCUGUGGGGGAGGUUAGAAACUAUCAUCCAUCUCUGCUGGAAUGUGCCUUUGCAAAGGAAUUCUGGAGAAAGAUACAGUAAUUUUUGUUGAGGUUCAUCCUAAGCAGCUCCAUGACUCAGGACUUUGUGCUCUACAGUCUGUUCCCCAGGAGGCACCAAGACAAACAUCAACUGCGCCUGGAGGACCAUCAACGUGGUGAAAGAUAGCCUUUGGCCUGCCCAAAACUUGUUGGUCUUCCAGAACAAGGAGUUGACCCCAAUCGACUGUUGCAGACUGGCAAAAUUCCAAGGUCAAGGACUACGUGCUGAGGGAUGCACUAAAACUUGGGGCAGCUGCUGCCAAGGCAAAGUGUGGAGAAACCACUGUCUGAGGUCUUUCUGCCAAAGUCAAAUGGGGGUCUGUUCAAUUAUCAGACCCUCCUGGUACUUCAAUUAUAUGUUACUAUAAUCUUACACAAGUAAGAGCUGCCUUUGGUUUGUUUGUUGGAUAGAGCUAAACGCCAAUGUUUGUUUGUUUCUUCAUAUGCUGCCAUACAGAAUCAAACUGCUUUAGUGACUGUAUGUCAAUAUAAUAUAAAGAUAUUUAUAUGAAUAAAGUAUAUUUUUGAAAUAAAAAUAGACCAAAAGGAUUUAGCAAAUUCUGUGAUGUUGCUGUCCCCUAUUACUAUGCCAAUUUCACACUGGAGCUCUCCAUGGAGAACUUUUGACAUCCAGCAAAGGCAGAGCAGCCAACCAAAUUGAGGAAUUUUUGCAGGAAAUCUGCAAAUUCACUCUUUAAUCAUUUUACAGAAGGUACGAUAACAAUUAGGUCAAGCACAGAGUUAAAGGUAGAGAUUAAGUUAAUUUUACCUUUUAUUUGUUGCAAUAUGAAUUUUAAAAAUAUGGAAUUUUUAUAUUGAAAUAUAAGGAACAGCAUUCUGUAUUUCUAAGGUUCAGCGAGGUUGUUUAUAAAUAAUUGUGACUUAGAACACUUAAGAGUUAAUUCAAGAAGUCCUAACUUAUACAUUGUUUUUUCAUUUUCAAUGAGAAUAGAACUUAAAAUAUUAAAGUUAAUGUAAAAUUACUAGUCCUGUGCUGAUUGCACCUGCAAUGACUGCAACAGUCUUAUUGUGCAGAGACAGGACCAGUGUCUCCAACAGAAACUUUAGGGUUUCCACACUUAGCCACACAUAUGCAGAGACCAGAAGUUGCUGUCAUUAGUACAUAAUCUUGACAGCAAUCAGCAACUAAUUUUCCCCAAGUACAAAAAGUCAAAUUCCAGGUCCAUAGUGGAUUCUAAUUUCCUUCUCAGCAUUUAGCAAUGAAGCUGUGGUUAUUGUCACUAGAUAUACUAACAAAAAACCUAAGUAUAUUCAGU